GGAUACACAAAAGCAAGAACAGCAAGAGAGAGAGAGAGAGUGGAGAUAAAGAGAGGCGCACCACACCAUUGCUGAGAGGCCACAGUUUGCUCUAGCAGCUUACCGAAUGGCAGCAGCAUCCACUUCCAUGGCGGCCACCGCCGCGCUGUUGCCUCCGCGAGCGACCAGGACGUCCGUCGCCGCCGCCCGGGUCUCCUCCUUGCCUUACCUCCCGUCGCGCUUCUCUUCCCACCCCGCCAAGCUCUACUCAGAGCCGCAGAGAUUAUCAUUGGUCCAGAUUAGAGCCUCUUCGGACGAUUCCCCCGCUUCAGUUGAUGCCGGGGAACUAUUCACAGACCUCAAGGAGAAGUGGGACGCCCUGGAAAAUAAGUCCACAGUUAUUCUCUAUGGAGGUGGGGCUAUUGUGGCUGUCUGGUUAUCGUCCGUCGUGGUCGGAGCUAUCAACUCUGUUCCUUUGCUUCCAAAGAUCAUGGAGUUGGUGGGGCUUGGAUACACCGGAUGGUUCGUCUACAGAUACCUUCUCUUCAAGUCAAGCAGGAAGGAACUUGCCGAAGAUAUCGAAGGUCUGAAGAAGAAGAUUGCUGGAACCGAAUAGGUCCACGAGAUCAGUCACAUGUCCGAUCUUUGUACUCCUAUGGUAGAGGCAGUUGCAUUUAUAUUUCGACGUAGCUCCUAUGUGAAUUUCUGUGACUCUUGUAUUUCCUUAGCCCCUCUGAACCUCACCUGUUUCUUGAUUUCAUGAGGUUCAGAGUCGAUGCAAAGUUCACAUGUGCUUAUGUGAUUUACUAUUACUCUAUAGAAUGCUGCUACAUCUUCUGCAUCAACAAUAGCACUAUCUGUUUCUUGA